AUGCUGCUGACCCUGGGCCUCCUGCUGCUGCUGUCGCUCCCAGGGGCCGUAACCUCUGCCACCCUGCACCUGGGGGAAAGCAUCCCCGGCACAGACAGCGGGCAUCUGCAGGAAGUGGCAGAAAUAAAGAAAAAUGGCCUUUUGACUUUACUAGCUUGGUGGAACGAGAGGACCUCGCAGGCCCAGGCAGCGCCCUCUGUAGGUGGGGAGGUGGCCAAGCAGCAGGACAGCUCGCCCCCUCAGCAGGCCACGCGCCGAGAGAAAGCUCCUUGUAAGAAUUUCUUCUGGAAGACCUUCUCCUCCUGCAAAUGA